AUGACUCCUUCGCCAGAACUCGGACAGCCAAAGGCACCCGAUAAAGCUGGCGAUGAGCAGCGGAGAAGUACCGUGGCAUCGGAAGAUCGUGGUGCUACCUUCGACCUACCGACCGGCGUAACAACCGAGAUGGCGGGCGGUGAUGAAUCCAACUCGUUACAAGAUUCGAGCGCCACGAACACGGCAAUCAGCGGCAGCAGCAGCAGCAAAGUGACGACGAUGAACACCACUACGGCGGCGCCAGCCUCAACGAUCGUUGUUGUCCCACCGGUAAUCAGCACGAUGGCCAUGUCUGCGGCCGCUACUACCACAACUUCCAGUACACCGGCAACCGUUGUCAAAGUGUCAUCGUCACAAUCAUCCGCAACGGCAACGACGGCGCCCGUCGCUACCAAUGGCAGUAAAAAUGGUUCGUCAUCGGCCACCACCAUUGUCAACAACAACAAAGAUCAUACGCAACCCUCAUCAUCAUCAUCAUCUGCACAGGAGCCGUUUGCAACUAUGAACGAAGACGCGCUGAAGGCAUUGCUGGAUGAAGCGAUCACAUACAAGUGCCCUAAGGAUCGUGAACACAAGAGUGCUACAUUCAACGAACUGUUGAGCAAGACGGAGCGCGAAGAUCAAGAGCAGAACUUUUCCUUCACCAGCCGCCCCGUGCAUCACAGCAAGCGAUCCUCCGGCCGGCCAACGCAGGGCGGCUCGCUGCAGGAUCUCCCGGAGGCGACCAAGCAGGAGUACGGCUACAGUAGCGAGUACUACGCCGUCUCCAGUUACUCCUCCCGGCGGUCGGGCGGCGGCGGUACCAGUGGUGUAGGCGGCGGUGGAGGUGUGGGCGGCAGUGGAAGCUCCCACGGGGGUGCCGGGUCCCGAUCGAAGCGUCAGAUCUCGUCGGUUUCGUCGCGACAGCGCGAAGGUGGCAGCCUGCCCAGCAACGUCAACCAAACGAUUAGCGAGCAGCCGUUCCUGAACGAGGUUCGCCGUCCGCUGAAGUCCACUUCGGUGAAGUCUUCCUCGAAAAACAACGACUACGGAGCGUUGUUGCAGUCAGCUCCGCUGAACGCGAUCGCGGCCAGUGAUGCUGGGUCGUGUAGCUGGGUCGCCACCAGCGCUGAGGAAUCUCAACUAUCAACAGCUGCCGGCGCCGGUAGCGGAGCUGCUGGCGACGGUGGCCCGCUCUCGGACGCACGAUCAGGAGCCGCGUCAUCGACAGCGGCGCACACAAUCAUCAACAUGAGCGAAUUGGGUGUGGUGGACGACGGACCGCCGCUUGGUGGCACGGUCACCGGGCACAAUCCGCUGCAACAGUUGUGUAUGUUUGUGUCCCAGAACAAUCACUACGAAAACAGUGCGGACGACAAGGAGAUGAUGGUCGGUGUCACGGGCACUGUCGGUGUCGGUAGCAACGGCAGCAUCAGCAUCGGAGGAACGGCGUCCUGUAGCGGCGGCUCCGCAGCACUCGGCGGAACACCCGGCGCUGGCAGUGUUUCGGCUACCUCUGCGACACUCACGUCGUACUGUGGCUCGACCCAAAGCGGAGGAUCAGCGACCGGUUGCGCCACCGAUCUGUACGGUGGCAAUGGCGGAGGCAACAGCAGCACCAGCAGCAACUGUAGCAGUAGCAGCAGCAACAGCGGUGGUGGUGGUGGUGUUGCCUCUAGCGGCACGUCGUCGCUAUCGUCAACCAAGAAAACGUUCUGCUACCCAACGCAACAGUACACGGCCGAAGCGUGCCUCGACAUUGGCCAGUCGUGCCGGGCGACGCGACCCACGUCCGUGCAUCACGUCGACAAGACGGUUUCGCUGCCGAUGCUUGAGCAGAUCCAGCUCGGUUCAUCCUAUCCCGCGGUCAAGUGUAUGAUCGACAGCAGUAGCAAGGUCGAUCAGUCGACGAUCAAAUCGGUGCUGUCGUCGGGCAAUCAGUUCAUGUCAACCACACGCAGCAGUCUCGCCUACCCGAUGGUACAGCAAAAGUUUGACGAGAACGCCAACUCGGUGUCACAGUUCGGCGGAGGUGGCGGAGGGGGCGUCGGAACGAGCGGUGGCCUAGCCGGGUCGUCAUCUAGCGGCGGCGCUGGUGCUCAGCUCGGUACCGGUGGCGGCAGUGGCAGUAAGAAAUACCGGAAGCCCAAAUCGGACCGCAACACGGUCGUGGUGGUGCCCGAGAACAUUAUCGGCUACCGGGGGCAGAGCAGUGACAUAGAGGCUCUCGUGAGCUACAUCGAGAACCAGGGUGCGGUCAGCAGUAGCAACGGUGGUGGCGGCGAGGCCGGACUGGCUGUCACAUAUGGAGAAAGCGGGAACGGGAAUGUCGGAACACGGGGCGGAGACGCUUCGACUGCCGCCGGUGGUGGUCCGGCUGAGGGUGACAAACCGAAGCGAAAGAACGAGAAGAAACGGGACCGAACUGCGGCGGCGGCAGGCGUGGCCAAGCUGAAGAAGAGCAACUCGCUCGAGGAACUGAGCAGCUGCAGCCGGAAGAAGGUGGAAGAGGAGAACACGCGACAGAACCAUGUCGAAAAGGCGAGAGCCCAGGAAACCGAUCCGGCCAUCACGCUACGUACGAGUAAAUCGCAAAAGAAACAAACCCAAUCGACGACAGCAGCGGCCCCGGCGACGGCCCAGGGAACCUCAGGAGGUGGAGGAUCGAAGGAUGGCGCAGGCGGUGGCAAGCAACAGCGUGCCGAGCGUCGUUCGUGGGGCACGGAGGAACUGAACUUUUUCGCCGGCGGCGGAACGCACUCGGUAGAAGAACCGGUUCCGCUGGCGCCGCCAUCCACAGCAUCCAGCACCGCUGCUGCCGCCGCCGCCGCCGCCGCUGGUGGUGGUGGCAAGGGAAGUGGUGGUCGCAAGGAUAAAAAAGAGGCCAAAGAGCACCCUCCGGUGGUGGUGGGGUCAUCGGUAGAUUCGAACGCCGCCAUCACCGCAAGCCAGCAGGCGGGCGGCAGAAAGCGGGAUUCGUUGCGUAUGUCGAUAGAGUCACUUUCAUCGUUCGGUACCACCGGCGGCGGAAGUAUUGCAGGGACGGAGGCAUCGGACUUUCACGUUGUGACUAAGAAGAAAAAAACCAAGAAGAAGGUCACGGGUAGCGGUGUGGCCGGUGGUGGUACGGAAGAUGGUAAUGGUUUCGGAGGUAACGGUCCCUCAAAUCGACGCCAUCCGAAUCAAAACGUUGCCCCCGGUGCUUACGGCGGUCGCGGUGGUGCCAACAACGGCAGUUCUGCCACCGCCGCCGCUGCUGCUGGUGGUGUCAAGUUUCAGGCUAGCAAUCAUUUUAUAGCCCACCGGGAGGUGUACAUGAGCAACGAUGUGUCGCGUCGGAAAUCCACCUCGUCCGUGCCACCGUCGGAGAAGUCGGACACCAGCGAUGCCGACUCCGUGUACUCGUUACCGAUCGAGACCACAUCGAGCACUUCGCGCAAGCAGCAAAAAGCGCCGAAGAAACAGCAACAGAACAACAACACUAGUCAUCAACAGCGGCAGCAGCAAGGUGGUGCGACGACCACACCCCAAUCGUACGCGGAAAUCGCUCGAAUUCCCAACACGACGACGCACGAGAAGAGUGCUGCAGUCGCCACCGGCGCAGGCGUGGAUUGUGGUGGAUGGCCGUCAGUCAGUAGCAGCAGUCAGACGGAGGCGGGCAGAAGUCUAACUGCCACCGCAGGAGCUGGCACGGGUGGUCCCGGUGGUGGAGGCAGUAGCAAUCUGCUGCAAGAUCUCAACUCGUCGGUGGCCUUUCCACAGCUAGUCGCAGAAUCGCAGCAAUACCAUGCCCCGCACUAUCACACUCAUAAUCACCAGCCUGUCCCUCAGCAGCCGCUCCUUGCCCAUCCACCGUACGCCGGCGCUGGAGGCAGCCCUUCCGGCAACAGCGCUUCGGUGGCUCCCGUUGCUCCCGCUGUGGCCACCAAUAGCGUUGCUCCUCGUGCGACUUACUCUCAAAGUUUGCUGACGGCCGUAAACAACACCGGUGCCGGAUGUGGCGAUGAGUCAACAAAAACAACCGGCGUAACCGCAUCAUCCGUUGCGCUGUCCGCUGCUCCGGCAGCCGCAACAGGUAAUGGCGUCACCAGCCCCGGUGGCGGCGCCAUCAUUACGAGCGAGUUGCACAACGGACCGUCCAACAAUGGCGCUGCCGCAGGACCGGAUACCGUCAAAGGUGGUGGUGGUGGCGGCGGUGUCCUUCACAAGUCCAAAAGCGUCGACAAUAACGAUAUUUGCUACUCGAACGAACACUACCCGGCCCUCGAGGUGCGAACAAUCAAGGGUACCGGUAGUAGCAAGUCAGUGGCAUCGAAAGCGAUCGGAAACCCGGCCGGCGGUCUAAGCUUCGGGCAGGUGGCCGCCGCCACCGCCGCCGCCGCUACUGCCAUCAUAAAUCACUCACCGGCAACAAACUCGGUUGUCGCGAGCACUACUGCCUCGGGCACCACUGCCAGCGCCUCCACGAAGAAGGGCAAAGCAAAGAAGGAACAGAAGGAAGCAAGCAACAAUCUUGCCACCGAGCUCGACACCGUAUCGGGGACGUGUGACGCAACGGCGAAUAAUAGCGUGCCCCACGUCCAGAUGGACACGGAAACGAUUCUUCCGUUCGAUACGCGAAGUCCUAUGAAUGGUUCCGGUGUGUCUUCGAUUCAGUUCAUGCAAGCCCCGCACCAGUCGGGAACGGGUGCCGCCGCCAAUGCAGCUGCGGUCAGCAGCAGCACCUCCACGGCACCGGCAUCAUCCGGCGGCGGUGGUGGCGGUAGGCGCCACAAGAAGGAAAAACAAUCGAAUACUGCUGCUACUGCCGCCUCCGCUGGUAAACUGGGUGCGGCCACCCCAGUGCCCCGUUCCGGCACUACAGCAACGUCUAGCAAUGCGACCGCUCAGGAGAACCGCAACCGACCGCCGGUGAUCAUGAUGAACGACAGUGAACCAAAGUCAAACAAGUUUCCGUUCGGAUUUUCGAACGAUUACGAGCUACUGUUCGGUGAUUUCAGUGAAGAAGAUUGUCGCAAACUGCUCGACGGUUCACCGCCGCCCACGACGGAAUGCUUCGCGAGUGCGAGCGGUGCGACAUCGUCGCAGAAAUCCAAAGGUCCCAAGGUUGCAGGUCCGGCUAGCGGCAUCUUUACUUCGACCAUUGCGUCCGGCAGCAGCAGCGAGGUGGCGAAUGCAACACACGAACUGACCAAAGUGGCCCCGCCACCGGUUGCAGUGGCGUCGUCGGUAGUGCCGACCGUCGACACUGACAACAACUGCACCAACCAACCCCCACCGGCUUCGUCGUCGGUAUUUCCGGCGUCCUCAAGUUACCAGAAGCCUUCCGCGGCGGUUUCAGUGGCCACCAGCACCCCGCAGGUGCCACAUUAUCCGCCGGAGGCAACCGAAACUCCACCGCCGCUCGCCGUAGAUCCUGCGACGGCGGCAGUGGCGGCAGCCAGCCUAUUCCAUCAGCCACCGCCGGCCGUCCUGUUGCACUCGAUGUACACGCAACCACCACCGUCACUGCCGUCACUACCGCGGCACAAUCAGUAUGCGCUUCCUCCGCCGACCGUCAUUGCGGCCACGACGACGACACCGAUGCCGACCGGAAGUGGUGCCGUGAAGGAACUGCACGGUGCAGCCGCAGCACCGGUAACAUUACCGACACCACCGACCGUUACCGUUGUUGCUGUUCCACCGGCUGGCCAUCUCAUCACUGUGCCCCCGCCGGCCCUGCCACCGAUGGCGGCCGUUCUGCUACCAACAACCCCAACCGCCACCGCGGUAGUCUUGCCGGUGGUGCCCGCAACCGUACCGACGGGUGCUGCGGUACCACUACCACUACCAGCCCCGAUACCGGCCGCUAUCGUAGCGGCCGAUGUGGUCAACAAUAACACCUUGGCGGGACCCGGGACUGCAACUCAUCCACAUCAGCAGCAGCAUCAGCAACUUCUGAUCAAUAAGCACGUGAUGACGAUCCACAACAAUGUCAACAAUAUUACGACAAACAGUGUAACACAAACGUACCACGCAGCCCAGCAGCAGCAGCAGCAGCAGCAGCAACAAGCGGCAGCAGCAGCCGCGGCCAUUACUGGUCCCCCGGCAACUGCAGAAGCUUCAGCCCAGACGACUCCGUCACCGCCAGUGGCGUUCGAGGCCAAAUCAACGAUUUCCGUCUCGUCUACGCAGCCUCCGGCAGCGGCCUCGGUAGUGGUGCGACGCGAAAAGAUGAAGGAAAUCAAUCUGCGCUUCAUCGCGCCAGAGCAGGUGCACACCACCGAAUACAAUCACGAUAAGAUUGUGUUCUUUGUAGGAACAGCGUGGGAAGAUGCAAUUUGCGGCAACAACGGAACUGCCAAGUACUACGAAGGGCAGUAA